GGUUAGGUUGGCAGAACUAAUUCAAGGCGUGACAAAUGACACAUGUCAAAUUAACCUCACUUUUCCCGAAAUGUUUGAUGAGACUUUAGUGGAAAUCGCAGCGGAGUUGGAGACUGAGCUUGUGCCUGAGGAUACUCCGAGACAGAAUGAAUCCGAAGUGGGUGCCCCUCAAACGUCGAAAUCCUCCUCGCGGACGCACACUGUGUUGGUCAGUCCCAAGCAAAGGGGCAACCCAUUACUCAAAUCCAUUAAUAGCGUCCCAUGGGAGUACGAGGAUAUUGUCCCAGACUACCAAAUGGGACGCACCACUUGUGCCCUGUUCCUGUCCCUCCGGUACCACAGUCUCAACCCGGAUUACAUCCACGAGAGGUUAAAAAAGUUGGGCAAGAUGUACGAACUCCGGGUGUUACUAGUCCAGGUUGAUGUGAGUGACCCCCACCACUUGUUGAAAAACCUCACUAGGGUUUGCAUCCUGGCUGAUUUGACCCUUAUUCUGGCGUGGAGUGCUGAAGAAGCCGGGAAAAUAAUCGAAACGUAUAAAAUUUAUGAAAAUAAGCCGCCUGAUAAUAUCAUGGAAAAGGGCGAAUCCUCGCCGUAUAUUAGGUUGCUCCAAGUUUUAACGGCCAUAAAACCGAUUAAUAAGACUGAUGCGAUGAAUCUCAUUGCGAGGUUUAAAACUCUGGAAGGGAUUGUGAAAGCGAGUGAAUUUCAGCUUGCAGAGUGCCCCGGAUUGGGGCCCAUCAAAGCCAAGAAGUUGUAUUCGACGCUGCAUGAAAAUUUCUGCCGAAAUUAGCCCCUUUUUGUAAUUUUAAUGUCAUUUAUUUUAAUAAAUUCUUUUUUUACUUUA